AUGGACAAGCUGUCAACCAGCAACAGAGCGCCCAGGGGCCUGGCUCCAGCCGCGUCGCUCGCCGUGGCCGCGCCUCCACCCGCGGAUGGCGCCGUGCUGCACCCCGCCGCUGCGCUGGCCACCACGUGGCGCGGCGCGUCGGGCGCGCUGGCGGUGCUGCUGCGCUUUGAGGAGUCCGACGUCAUCGCCAACGUCAUCGGCUUCUGGCGCCGCGUGUCUAGCCGCCUGGACGGCAGCUGGGCAGACGCCGGGCCGCCGGCCGGCGCACACCAGCAGCACGACGCGCAGGGGCAGCAGCAGGGGCGGCCGGCGCAGGGCGCGCUGCUGCACCAUCGCCGACAGCUGCGGCACGUGGAUUGGAUGUGGCGUGUCAGGCCGGAGCUGCUCGCGGCUGUGGUGGGGCAGGCGCACAGCUUCUUCCUCGCCACAGGCAUCACCCACCUGCAGCAGCGCCCCAUGCGCACCGCCGCCAAGGCGCUGCUCAUGCUGCUGCAGCUCACCGCCGGCCCGUCAGCGGCUGUGGCGCCUGCAGCGGUGGCGGGCACGGCAACACCGACGGCGGCGGCGCAGCUGUUGGAGCUGAUGGGGUGUGCCGCCGCCAGCGGAGGCGGUGUGAGCGCUUCCAGUGGCAGUCGCGCCGUCAUGGCGCGCGUCAUGCCCUGUUCGGACGCGUUCUCCCAGUGCUGCCUGCUGCUGCAGCUGAGCGCGGGCGCGCCCGGCGCCGAGGCGUGGGAGGCCGGGCAGCUUCGCAGCGGGGGCGGCGGCGACGGGCCACUCGGCUGCGAACCGGCGGGUUCGGGGCUCGCGUGCCGUGCUGCCGCGUUCUUGCUGGAGUGCUAUGGUCACGACGGCGUGCGCAGCUGCAGCGCAGCUGCUGGCGACUCCCUGUCCGAUUACGACGCCUGCAUGGUCUGGCUGGUGGCCUCGAUGGCCGCCGGCCCGGGCGGCGCCGCGGCCGCCGCAGGCGGCGCUAGCGGCGGCGCGAAGCGGCGCGGCACGAGGGGCGGCGGCUCCCUGGAAGGUGGUUCGGAGGAGGCUCGGCUGCUGGCCUGGGCUGGCAGCGCGGGAUUCAGGGCCCUGGCCGAGGUGGUGGCGGGCCACCCCAGGUGGGAUGUGCUUGCCUGCGGCUUGGUGCGGGCUGUCGAGCUCGAAGCCACGCAAGACGGCGCCGCGGCCGCCCAGGGAGCAGCGGGAGCGCCACCCGGCCGCGGGGCGGGAGCCGCCGCCGCGGCAGCGGCGCUGCGUCGCGUGCGGCGCGCGCUGCGGGUGCUCUUUGAGGUCGCGCGCGCGGCGGCGGGCGCGGAGGAGCGCACGGCGCGCACUGCGGCGCUGCUGCGGGGUCUGUCGGCGCUGACGCGGCCAGAGGCGAUGUGCUGCGCCGAGUGGCGGGCGGAGGCGCUGGGGGAGAUGGAGCUUGCGGUCACCGCGUUUGUGGAGGAUCACCCAGGUAAGCAUUGUUGA